ACUGCCUGUGGGAACGCAGGGCCCAGCCUGGGGAGCUGCCGUUCGGGGCUAACUUGACUCUCAUUCGUAUAAGAGCCCAGCCUGCUGAUUUGUAGCAAGGUAUGACAGAGGAGAGCCAGUAAUGUCCAUAUCUCCAGCUGCCAGGGAGUGGGGCAAAUUUGCCGGUGACUUUGUCUUUGGUCAGCCACAAAACAAGAAAGUCAGCUGUGUGGAAGACAAUGACUCAUACACUUUUGCUGUACUGCUUGGUGUUUCUUUUGCCCACAGAGUCAUGUAGGACGUUGUACCAGGCUGCCAGCAAAAGCAAGGAGAAGGUGCCUGCCAGGCCAUACGGCGUAUGCGAUGGUGUCUGUACAGACAACUCCCAGUGUACUCAACCUUGCCCUCCAGACACUCAGGGAAAUAUGGGGUUUUCAUGCAGGAAAAAGACAUGGCACAAGAUCACUGACACCUGUCGGACUCUUAAUGCCGUCAACAUCUUUGAGGAGGAUUCACAGUUGGUUCAGCCAUUUGAAGACAAUAUAAAAAUAAGUGUAUAUACUGGAAAGUCUGAGACCAUAUCAGAUAUGUUGCUACAAAAGUGUCCCACAGAUUUGUCUUGUGUAAUUAGAGGCAUUCAGCAGUCACCCCGGAUACCAGGAAACAUUGCCAUAAUUGUGCAGCUCUUACACAACAUAUCAACAGCAUUAUGGACAGGUGUUGAUGAGGAAAAGAUGCGGAGUUACAGCACCAUAGCCAACCACAUUCUUAAUAGCAAAAGCAUCUCCAAUUGGACUUUCAUUCCUGACAGAAACAGCAGCUAUAUCCUACUACACUCAGUCAACUCCUUUGCAAGAAGGCUGUUCAUAGAUAAAUAUCCCGUUGACAUACCAGAUGUCUUCAUUCAUACUAUGGGCACCACCAUAUCUGGAGAUAACAUUGGAAAAAAUUUCACUUUUUCGAUGAGAGUUAAUGAUACCAGCAAUGAAGUCACUGGGAGAGUGUUGAUCAGCAGAGAUGAACUUUGGAAGGUGCCUUCCCCUUCUCAGGUCAUCAGCAUUGCAUUUCCAACUAUUGGGGCUAUUUUGGAAGCCAGUCUUUUGGAAAAUGUUACUAUAAAUGGGCUUGUCCUGUCUGUCAUUUUGCCCAAGGAACUUAAAAGAAUCUCACUAAUUUUUGAAAAGAUCAGCAAGUCAGAGGAGAGGAGGACACAGUGUGUUGGCUGGCACUCUGUGGAGAACAGAUGGGACCAGCAGGCCUGCAAAAUGAUUCAAGAAAACUCCCAGCAAGCUGUUUGCAAAUGUAGGCCAAGCAAGUUGUUUACCUCUUUCUCAAUUCUUAUGUCACCUCACAUCUUAGAGAGUCUGAUCCUGACUUAUAUCACAUAUAUAGGCCUGGGCAUUUCUAUUUGCAGCCUGAUCCUUUGCUUGUCCAUUGAGGUCCUAGUCUGGAGCCAAGUGACAAAGACAGAGAUCACCUAUUUACGCCAUGUGUGCAUUGUUAACAUUGCAGCCACUUUGCUGAUGGCUGAUGUGUGGUUCAUUGUAGCUUCCUUUCUUAGUGGUCCAAUAACACACCACAGUGGAUGUGUGGCAGCCACAUUUUUUGUUCAUCUCUUUUACCUUUCUGUAUUUUUCUGGAUGUUUGCCAAGGCACUCCUUAUCCUCUAUGGAAUCAUGAUUGUUUUCCAUACCUUGCCCAAGUCGGUCCUGGUGGCAUCUCUGUUUUCAGUGGGCUAUGGAUGCCCUUUGGUCAUUGCUGCCAUCACGGUUGCUGCCACUCAACCUGGCAAAGGCUACCUACGACCUGAGGCCUGCUGGCUCAACUGGGAUAUGACCAGAGCCCUCCUGGCCUUCGUGGUCCCAGCUUUGGCCAUCGUGGUAGUAAACCUGAUCACAGUCACACUGGUGAUUGUCAAGACCCAGCGACCUGCCAUCAGCAAUUCCAUGUUCCAGGAAGUGAGAGCCAUUGUGAGAAUCAGCAAGAACAUUGCCAUCCUCACACCACUUCUGGGACUGACCUGGGGAUUUGGAGUAGCCACCGUCAUCAAUGACAGAUCCCUGGCCUUCCACAUUAUCUUCUCCCUGCUCAAUGCAUUCCAGGUAAGUCCAGAUGCUUCUGACCAAGUCCAAAGUGAGAGAAUUCAUGAAGAUGUUCUGUGAUUAGGAGCUUGUGGCAUUAGAUUUCUAUGUAAAAGCCAGUGGAUUCGGAAUAGCAUAUGGAGUGGAGAAAUAAACUUUUGUUCCAGAGAGACCUGGAUUUGGAUCCUGACUCUUUCAUUUACUAAUAACGUAUAACAUGAUCUUGGGAUAUUUACUCAACUUUUUCGAGCCAUAUUUUCCUCACAUAUAAAAUGAGUGCAAUACUGUCCACUUUAUAGGAGUGUUUGGAAAAUGAAAUUAAAUGCUGAAUGGGAAAGGAUCAAGUACUAAAAUGAUCUAAAGAUCAUAGACAACCUAGUAAUAGGCUAAGUUGUUAUGGUUUAAAAAUUAAGCAAUAACACUCUCCCAAAAAUUUAGGUAUAUUACUGGAGGUAUUAAAGUUUGCACAUUUAUUACAU